AUGCCAAUUACAUGGACAUCGUUAUCUCGCCAAUAUCGAAAUGAUGGCGAAUUCCGAGGCAGUAUCAAUUGCUUCGCUGGAAGUUUCGUUAUUGCGCUCGUCUCGUGGUAUUUAGGAGCAAUAUUCUUGAUUCUAAUGAUAGCUAUCUGUAUCCCUGCAUCUUAUUACACUGGACGAUAUAUAGGGCAAAAGCCUAUUUGUGGUGCACAGGCGACGUUUCUUGGUCUGUUGAGUGGAUCAUCAGUUGCUCUAUAUCUUUAUUGGAAAGCGUCGCCCAUAGCGUUGUUUUGCUGCUAUUCGUUCGUUUUCUCAGUUUUCCAUUUUUCCGAAUUUUUCUUCACGGCGAUUUCAAAUCGUCGAUCACUCCAGUCGGAUUCAUUCUUGCUAAAUCAUUCGGUAGCAUAUUGGAUUGCUGCCUUGGCAAGUUGGAUAGAAUUUUUUCUAGAGGUAUACCUUGCCCCAUUUCUCAAGGUGUCUUCGAUUAGUAUGCUGGGAGUGGCAGCAUGCUUAUGCGGUGAAGUUAUUCGCAAACUUGCAAUGCUACACGCAGGAAAUGGUUUCACGCAUCGAUUGGCGUUAUCAAAGCGUCCGGAUCAUCGGCUUGUGACGACCGGCAUCUAUGGUUUUCUUCGGCAUCCUGGCUAUACAGGCUGGUUUAUGUGGAGCAUAGGCACACAACUCAUUCUCUGCAAUCCGUUGUGUUUGUGUGGAUACGCCUACGUCAGUUGGCAUUUUUUCAAUGAACGGAUUUACGACGAAGAGAGAGAUUUGAUUAACUUUUUCGGUCAACAGUACAUCAAUUAUCGCAGGGAUGUGUGGGUCGGCGUACCUUUUGUUAAAGGAUUUGAACCAUAA